AUGGCUGACCUGACGCCAUUUCGUUUCAAGCAACAGCACCCAAACGUGCCUUCCAAGAAUCCGAGCCUUCCCAAGAAACAAUGGGAAGAGUUAAAGCCCAUGAUAUCAGGGCUUCUGCAUGAAGGAGUCACCGUCUCAGAGAUUCUUCGACAGCUUGACUCCCACCAUGUUCACGUCACAAGGAGCCAGCUCACAACCCAGAUGAACAAAUGGGGACUGAACAGAGACAAUGCCCAACUCCACCAAAGUGCAGAUCGCUCGGCUCAAACUCUUCAAACGACUUGUCCAGACUCUACUGAAACGCAAGGUCUGGGCUCCAACAUAGAAACUACGACGAUCUGCGACCGUGGGUCCGUUACAGAUUUGAAGACCUCGACCCUGGAACAAUUCUCAUCUUUAAAUAUCGAUUCAGGCACCGACCAUGUAUCUGAGGCUAUUGCUGCACAUUCAUCGCUCGGCGCAGGUCCAGGAAGUGCUCUAAACGCGGCUCCUGUUCUGGCUGUUACAAGGGACCCUCCAUGUAUCAAUGACUUUAUACAUUCGGCCGUGCCCUAUGAGCCAUCCGCACAACUGGCUCAGACGCACAACUCAAAGUCUAAAGUGACGACCUAUCCUACACUCUCUAUGCCCUUCUACAGAGCGUCUAGCGCUAUGUUAUGGGAGCAACAACUAGCGAGCAUACAUCCAUGUACCUUCCCAGGACGCUCCAUCAUCAGCAAGUUUGGUUACAUGGCCACAAUACUUUCCAAUACAAGACACUUUGGAGAAGCUUUCGAUAUCUUAUAUCUCAUUUCUUCUACACUUAAUGACUGGAUGGGGGAGAAUAUCUGGCUCAGUCGCUACUUUCUCCUCUUCGUCAUAAGAUGCGCUCGUUCUGCUUGUACUGUACAACAGGAGCUAGUCGCAGAAGCACUCGUCGAGCAGCUCAGUGAUUGGGUGGAGAAGAUGCAACAACACGUUGACCCCGGCUGCGCACAGUAUAUGCGAGACCUUCUUCAACUGGGCGUGGACGGGUCGGAGAGUGGAACAUCAGAACAAACGGCCUAUUGGAUUGCUAGCUCUAUGCUAUCCAGCAUGUGGCUUUACCUGUUUCCCACGAAAACCGGAGGAACGGAAUUCCAUCCCCGAGCCAUCCUUGAUUAUCUCUACUUUUCUCCCCAAAUCCAAGCGACGAUGCUCGAUGCUCUCUCUCUCGUUAGAGGAGGUGUGCGAGAGGCAUAUCGGCAUCUCGAAAUGCUCAUUAAGGACAAUAUUAGUCUCUUUGACGAGUUUACAUCUACUUGCUUUGUGCAAGCCCUGGUGUAUCAGCUCCUCGAAGAUCUCGCCUGCACUAAUCCACUCUAUUGGUCUGAUAACUCAACUCCUGGCCAAGGCAACAAGCAGUUUUCAGAGCUUUUUUUGAGACAGGCUGUGGUGAUAUUGACCUUCCUUGUCGUUUCCCACUCUUCCCUGUCUUCACCCAGAAGUGUUUGUUUCCUUGAAUCUGCGAUUGCGGAACUUCAACAAACCUUGGAAUCCGGCCCGGGGAGCAGUGACUAUAGACAAGUGAUUGAUGAGUACCUGCAGUUGAGUUCAAGAAGGGUCGCAGAGGAACAACAGACAACUUCAACACCUUGGCUUGCUGUGGCAGUAGCCGGAGAAGUGGCAGGUCUAACGAGUCCGACACCAAAACUUGAUGUCCUUGGCAUAUCAAUCAAGCUGUUCAGGCAGCAAAGGGAUUUCACAAGAGCGGAUCCGAUUCUUUAUCCACAGUUUCAAGAUGCUCCUCCCUGGGAGCCACAAUCGCUGGCAAUUGGGGACCGAUCAGAGGUAGCAACUCUUGCUAAGUCUUUGACCCCGUCGACGAGCUCGUCGUUUAGGUUGUUCAAGUCCAUCGGCUGUGGCAGCAUUGCCUCUACUUCUGACCUAUCGAUGCGAACAGUAUCUACAGGCAUGUCACUAGGGGGGGUGGGCUGGCAGUUCAGCACGGUGACGGGCAUGCCGUCGGAUCCCUCAAUCGUGUAA